CCAAGAAGAGGCAAUGCCAUGAAAGCAAUGAGUAUGCUCAUUUGAUUGGAAUGGAAGAAUCACUUCAGAAAGAUAACAAAAGACAACGCACUGAAGAUGACAAAUCUACAUUGUUUCCAAUCAAAUCACUUCCCACAGACUUAUUACUUAAUGUGGUUGCAAAGGUAAGUUCUGAAUCUUGCAUUGAUCAUUACAACAUGAAAGUAUGUUGUAGAGAUUUUUUGCAUGCCACAAAAGACAAUUAUAUGUGGCAACAAAUUUCUUUAGAAAAGUUUUCUUUGAUUUCAUGGUCAUGUAAAGAAAAGGCAAGGGCAUUUGAUAUUUUCAUGCAAAGUUGUAAAGAAAGUGGAAAUAUUGAAGCUUUGUAUAGGGAGGGAUUAAGAGAAAUAAUCAGAUAUAAGGGAAAUAUUGAAAAAGGCAUUAAUGACUUGAAAAUGGCUGCCAAAAAGGGUUAUCUUGAAGCAAAAUAUGUAUAUGGUUUGAUCUUAUUAUGUUCAUAUGAUAGUGAUUUAAGAAAAGAAGGAGUUGAGUAUAUGCAAUUUCUGAAAAAUCUCAAGUGUGUUGUAAGGUGUAGAAAUAAAGUAGUAACUUUGUUGGGAAACUUAUGGAGAAAACCUUAUGGAACACUGGUGCGCAAUUCAACUCCUUUAUGUUCUGAGAGACAAUGCAAUGGUUGGAAUAUGAAGAAGUGUCACUCUUGGAAAAUAGUGGAUAGUGAAGACGAUGAUAAUAAUAUUAAAAACUCAUGUGAAAAUUGUAGGUGGGAUUUUUAG